AUGCCUGUCAAUUUUGGUUCUAUCCCACAGUUUAUUUUCAGAUUUUCUAUUUUCUGUUUCCGUUAUUUUCUUUUUCUCUACUUUUUCUUUUUCUCUUUCUUUUUCUUUCAUUUUCUCAUUCUUUUUCUCUCACUUUCUCUGUUUCUUUUUCUCUUUCUCUAUUUCUUUCUCUCUGUCUUUCUUUUUCUCAUUCUGUUUCUUUCUUUUUCUCUUUCUUUGUUUCUUUUUCUUUCUUCCUUUCUCUCUCUUUCUUUAUCUCUCUCUCUCUUUUUCUCAUUCUUUUUCUCUCUCUUUCGCUUUCUCUCUCUUUCUUUUUCUCUUUCUCUAUUUCUUUCUUUCUAUCUCUUCCUUUCUCUCAUUCUUUUUUCUCUUUCUCUGUUUCUUUUUCUCUUUCUCUGUUUCUUCUUCUCUUUCUUUCUCUUUCUCUUCCUUUUCCUCUCUUUCUUUUUCUCAUUCGUUUUCUCUCUUUCUCUGUUCCUUUUAAUCUUUCUCUAUUUGCGUCUCCCUCUUUCUUUUUCUCACUUUAUUUAUUUCUUUUUUCUUCUUCUUUCUUUCUUUUUUUAA